AUGAGGGGGACUCAUUGGAGGAGGGUCCCCUGGGUAUUCCUGAGCUGCUUAUGUUCCUGCCUCCUUUGGCCAGUGGUCAUGGGAACAAUCACAGCUUCACUGACGACAGACAGUCUGAGAAGCACAGCAGCAUCACUACUCUCAACAACUAUCCAGAGCCUUACAACCUCAACUCCCAGCACACGCUCAACAACUACCCCAGUCCCUAUGACGCCUGAGAAAGGUGUUUCCCUCUUCCCCUAUGGGCCACGUGUUCAAGACCAGGAGUUUGUCAGGAGGAGGGUGGACUUCACCUCGCCGCUCUUCAAGCCCCAGAUUGGCUUCCCUUUUGGCUCCUAUCUCCGAGAUUUCCUCUACUUCACAGAUAAUGGUCAGAUCAUUUUCCCGGAGUCAGAGUAUCAGAUUUUCUCCUACCCGUACCCUCCUCUUGGUGGCUUCACAGGCAGGGACAGUCUGGCUGUGGUGGCUCCAUUCUGGGAUGAUGCUGAUUUCUCCAGCCGCAAGGGAACCAUAUUUUACCAGGAAUAUGAGACGCUCUACGAUGACAACAAACCACUUGUAGUCCAGCAGGUGGAGUCUUGGAUUGAAAACUUUACAAACACCUGGAACUACAAAGCCAGGUGGACCCUAAAGGUCACAUGGACCAAUGCCUCUGCCUAUCCCGCCCAGCGGACCUCCGGGACCAACACCUACCAGGCCAUCCUCUCCACAAAUGGGAGCAGAUCCUUCGCCCUGUUUCUCUACCAAAGUGGUGGGAUGCAGUGGGAUGUGACCCAGCACCUAGACAACUGGGCCCUCAUGGGCUUCUCCAGUGGAGAUGGGUAUUAUGAAAACAGCCCGCUGACAUCCCAGCCAGUGUGGCAGAAGUAUCGUCCGGACCAAUUCCUGAAUUCCAACUCAGGCCUCAGGGGGCUGCAGGUCUAUCAGCUGCACAGUACAGAAAGACCCAACUACCGUCUCAGGUGCCUGCAGUGGUUGAGACAACCUCAGUGGCCCAGCUGGGACUGGAACCACAUCUCCUGCCCUUGCUCCUGGCAGCAGGGACUAUGGGACUUACGAUUCCAGCCCAUCCACAUAGGCUGGUGGGGCCUCGGCAGCAGGCAGCUGUGCAGCUUCACUUCCUGGCGUGGAGGCGUGUGUUGCAGCUACGGGCCAUGGGGAGAGCUUCUGCAAGGCUGGAGAGCGCAGAGCCCUUGGCAGCUUGAGCAAGAACUGGAGCCACAGGACUGGUGCUGCCGCUGGAACGACCAGCCCUCCUUCUGUGCCCUGUACCAACAAAGGCGGCCCCGCAUCAGCUGUGCUGGGUACCGGCCCCCAAGGCCUGCCUGGAUGUUCGGGGACCCCCACAUCACCACCUUAGAUGAUGCCACUUACACCUUCAAUGGGCUAGGGGACUUCCUGCUGGUCAGGGCCAGAGACGGAAACUCAUCCUUCCUGCUGCAGGGCCGCACUGCCCAGACCGGCUCUGCCCAGGCCACCAACUUCAUUGCGUUUGCCGCUCAGUACAACUCCAGCAGCCUGGACCCCAUCACAGUUCAGUGGCUCCUUGAGCCCAAUGACACAAUCCACGUGCGGCUCAAUAACCAGACUGUGACAUUUGAAGACCAGGAAAUCUUCAACACCACUGGAGUCGUAAUGACCCGCAAUGGCUCCCUGGUGACAGCCAGCUUAGAUGGCACAGUGAUCGUCUCAGUGACAGCUCUCUCCAACAUCCUCCACGCCUCCUGCAGCCUCCCAGAGGAGUACCAAGACCGCACAGAGGGCCUCCUGGGGGUCUGGAACAAUAAUCCAGAAGAUGACUUCAAGAUGCCCAAUGGCACCACCAUUCCCCAAGAGAGCAAUGAAGAGAUGCUUUUUCACUAUGGAAUGACCUGGGAAAUCAACGGAACAAGCCUCCUUGGCAAGAGGGAUGACCAUCUGCCUUCCAACUUCACCCCUGUCUUCUUUUCCCAACUGUGGAAAAACAACUCCUUGGAUAAAAAUUCAACCUCCAAGUGUAAUAGAGAUAAACAAUGCAUCUAUGACACCCUGGCCACAGGAAACACGAAGACUGGACUGGACACGAGGAUGCUCUUUAGAAGAUACCAGCUGAUGAACAACACCCUCCAUCAGUACCCACCUUCUAUUGAUGGUCCCCAAAUGGUGAAAGCCUACAAGGGGGAGACCAAGCUGAUUCAAUACAACGGCAGCUCUAAGGACGUCACAUUCACUCUCAGAAACAGCUACACUAAGGACUUCAAGCUUUUUGAGAAUGGGACACUGCUCUGGACACCAAACUCGCUGGAACCAUUCACUCUGGAGAUUCUAGCAAGAAAUGUCAAGAACAAUUUAUCAUCUUUACUCCAGCCAAAGACCGUGGUCUGUGCUUGCAAGGGAAAGGACCAGUGUUUAUACAACAAGACCAGCUGGGUGGGCAAUUCCUCCCUGGAGGUGGCCAGCUGCAAGUGUGACAACAACACCUUCGGCCAGUACUGUGAGCGUUCCAAGGACCCCUGUGACGAGCAGUGCUUCCCGAAUGUGAAGUGUAUUCCUGGGCAGGGCUGUGAUCCUUGCCCCCCGAACCUAACUGGGGAUGGGCGUCACUGUACAGGUCUGGAGGAUUCUGAACACUGUCGGAACAAGUCUUGCCCUGUGAAUUACUGCUACAACCAGGGCCACUGCUACAUCUCCCAGACUCUAGACUGCCAGCCCACCUGCACUUGCCCCCCCGCCUUCACAGACAACCGUUGCUUCCUGGCUGGGAAUAACUUCGCUCCAACUAUUGAUCCAGAGUUCCCUUUAAGAACCAUCCAGCUCAUUCUGAGUGAAGAAGAAAACGCCACUGAAGCAGAGGUCAACGCUUCGGUGGCCUACAGGCUGGAGAACCUGGAUGUGCGGGCCUUUCUCAGGAAUAGCAGAGUGCAAAAAAUCAGCCCUCCAGCAGCAAGCGGCUCCCUGCAACAAUGGCUGGUCAUCUCGGAGUUUCAGUACCGCCCGAGGGGUCCUGUCAUCCACUUCCUGAACACCCGGCUGCUGGACGCAGUGGUGGAGGCAUUUUUACUGCAGGCCCCGCAGGGGAGAUGGAAGAAAAGUGAGGAGCCCAGGAACAACGUGGUCUUCCACCCUAUCUCCAGGAGAGACCUGCACAGUUUGAAGGCUUCGAACGUGAGCACGCUGCAGACUCACUUAAAAUGCAAUGGCUACAAAGGCUACAAACUGGUCUACAGCCCGCAGGGCGGCUUCACUUGCGUGUCCCCUUGCAGUGAGGGCUACUGUGAGCACGGAGGCCAGUGUCAGCACCUGCCGGAUGGGCCCCGCUGCAGCUGUAUGUCCUUCUCCAUCUACACGCCCUGGGGCGAGCACUGUGAGCAUCUGAGCAUGAAACUUGGCGCUUUCUUCGGGAUUCUCUUUGGGGCCCUGGGCGCCCUCUUGCUGCUCGGGGCCAUGGUAUUUGUGGUCCAUCGCUUCUGGUACACCAAGACCCGAUUCUCCUACCCCCUGGACUCAGAAAGCUGAAGCCUCCACCCAAGGCGGGAGCUGUGGCCUAAGAUACCUCAAGACCCACCCCAGACACACCCACUUCCGUCCUGGCG